AUGAAGCCCUGGACCACCCUUUGUUUGUUUCUUUCGGUCCUAUCCGGCGUGUUUGCCGCGAAGUCUACGCCCGAUAAAUUCCAAAAAUUCCAUUCGCUCUCUCGUUCCGGGCCUGUUGAUUUGGACAACGCCUCGUUCGAGGAUCUCACAACUGCUCCCCGCGAUUACUAUGCCGCAGUCAUUCUAACGGCUAUGGAUGCUCGCUACGGCUGUUUGAUGUGUCGGGAAUUUGAUGCGGAGUGGGAUCUGAUUUCUCGGAGCUGGAACAAAGGUUCCAAGCUUGAUGGCUUGAAGGUAGUCUUCGGUACUCUGGAUUUCGACAAGGGGAAAACAGUUUUUCAAAAGUAUAUGCUUCAAACUGCACCCGUCCUCCUCCUGUUUCCCCCAACCGUCGGACCGUUUGCCAAGGUGGAAGCGGAGCCAGUGAGAUUUGAUUUCACAGGUCCAAUCUCCGCCGAUCAACUGUAUUCAUGGAUCAACCGUCACCUACCCGAUGGACCUAAGCCCGCCUUGGUUCGGCCUGUCAACUAUAUGCGUAUCGUCUCUGGAAUCACCAUUUUAAUGGGCGCUGUGACCUUAUUUACGGUGCUAUAUCCUUACGUUCUGCCAAUUAUUCAGAACCGGAACCUCUGGGCCGCUGUCAGUCUGAUUGCUAUUCUUCUGUUCACCAGUGGCCAGAUGUUCAAUCACAUCCGAAAGGUACCUUAUGUCGCCGGGGAUGGCCGUGGUGGAAUCAGCUACUUUGCGGGAGGUUUCCAGAAUCAAUUCGGCAUGGAGACCCAGAUUGUGGCUGCUAUCUAUGCUAUCCUGUCAUUUGCAACCAUUGCGCUUGCGUUGAAGGUGCCUCGCAUGGAAGAUGUCAAGGGACAGCAAUUGGCGGUGUUGAUUUGGGGAGGCAUUCUCUUUGGGACAUACAGUCUGCUCCUCAGUGUGUUCAAGACCAAGAACGGAGGCUAUCCCUUCUAUCUUCCUCCAUUCUAA